UAUGAUUUUUAAUAACCUACGACAAGAAAUAACAAAAAUAAUUUUUAUAUAUAUAUAUUUUAUAUCUUACAUACGACUUUGAAUGUAUAUAAUUUGAAUUUCCAUUAUCAUUAGAAUUCAAAAUCCUUCAACUCUUUUAUAAAUUCUGUAUCGAAGUGUCUUACUUGGGAUGGCAGUUAAUCGUCAUUUCACUGACCAAAUAAUUUUUGAAUUAUUAGAUAUCAUCCAAUGUCGAAGUGAACUAGAAGAUUCCACUAGAGUUCUCAAUUCCCAUGUUCAUAUAAUGUUUAACAAGUGCCUUGCUGAAUGUUCAAAUCUUGAUAAACAUAUUAAUAACAGAUCAAUGUUAAGAAUUGACAGUAUUCUCGAUUAUAUCGAUGAUGAAAUAAAUAUUGGUCACUGGAGUGAUAUAUCAAUUGAACUUCGAAGAGCUUUUACUUUAGCAAGUUUCAUUAAAGCUUUUUUUCAUUUAGAAUGUCAUAAAUCGAAUAUGGAGGCAGAAGUUUUGAGGGAAACUUUAAAGUAUGUAGAUAGAGGAUUACUUAUGGGUGCUCCAUUCGAAAUCAAUUCAGAUCUUUUGACAAAAGCUGCUACAAUAUUAACAAAGUAUAUAAGAAAAUAUUUCAAUAUGAAUAAUUUCUUUUCCAAUGCCAAUGGUGAAAAAAAGAAUGAAUCAACACAAUAUGAAUUUUUGUUUGGAAAUAUCAAUGCUUGUGAAGUUGAUACUUCAGUCCUACCGUCUGUGCAGCAAUUCAAUAAUUUAUAUUUUAUGACCCAACGUCCAGUUAAAUUGCAAGGUUGUAUCGAUCAUUGGCCUGCAAAAAAAAAGUGGAAAGAUUUAGAGUACCUACUUCAAGCAGGUGGUGAUAGAACUGUACCUGUUGAAAUUGGUACACAAUAUGUAGAUGAGAAUUGGUCUCAGAAAUUAAUGACUAUUAGGGAAUUUGUUGAAAAAUACUACUUCAAUAAUGACAAAGGUGAUAUUGGGUACCUUGCACAACAUAAUUUGUUUGACCAGAUUCCUGAAUUAAGGGAUGAUAUUUGUAUACCAGAAUAUUGUUCAUUAAGUAUGGAUUAUGAUAAGUCAUGUGAUCCUGAUAUAAACUGUUGGUUUGGACCAGCUGGGACUGUAUCCUCACUUCAUUAUGAUCCAAAAAAUAAUUUAUUAGUUCAGGUUUAUGGAAUAAAACAAAUACUACUUUUUCCACCUCAAGACACUCAACAUUUAUAUCCUUUUGAAGGAACUAUGUUAAGUAAUACAUCUCAAGUAGAUCCAAUAAUUCCUAACUUAGAAUUAUACCCAAAUUUUGUCAAAAGUACAAUGUACAAGUGUUUACUGAAAGAGGGAGAAAUGCUUUUUAUUCCAGAAAAAUGGUGGCAUCAUGUUGUGGCUUUGGAAAAAAGCUUUUCUGUAAGUUUUUGGUGGCAAUAAAGGUAUUUAUUGUG